AACCCAUAUUUACCCACCUGAAAUAUGAGUGACCAACUCACUAACAUGUGAGUAAAAUAGGCUAAUUUUUUAAAUAUGGGCUCAAAUUGCCACCUCUAAGCUCGACUAAUGCGAAGUCACAACGUAUUAAAGAAGGAUACUCCUGUUAGGAAUUUUUUCAUUCUCAAAACUCAAACUCGAGAUCUUGAUUAAUUGAAUCCAUCCACUCUACUACGUAUACUAAUGUUAACGAACAACUUUUUGAAUUCUAUUAGUUGAGCUUCAAAGAAGCAUACUUAUGUAUCUCUAAGUUUAAAGAAAAUGUGAAGCUCACAUUUACAUGUUUUUUUAUCGUAAUUUGAUACUAAAAAGACUCUCGAAUAUUAACACAAACGACUUCUGUAAUACUUGUUUAAUUUUGCUUAACAAAAUGUAUUUCUUAAAAUAAGCAGAUGUUAGAAAUUUAAUCAAAUAAGUUAGUUACAAUUGGCGGGAGAAAAGAAAUACAUGGCUGAACCUUACAUACAAAACAAGUACAAGGACUCUGUCCAAAAUUCGCAUUAACAUAAAACAGUCGCGUGAGUGUGUCAUCAUCACUGUUGCCUAUAAAAAAAGAAGCGCCCAAACUGAGUUUCGAUCUCAAAUCUCCAUGAAAAGCGCUCUCUGCUAAACGUACCGUAUUCUCAAAGUCUCAACGGCCCAAAAAAAGCGGCAAAAUAUUGUUUGCUUUUUCAAACAAAAGUAAAGCAAUGGCCAAUGAGAAUCAAGAAGAUAUGUACUCCCUUCAGAGAGAAGAAGAGAAAGACUUUGAUCUGGGAUCUGACGAGCCUGAGGCUCCGUUGCCCCUCACUGUCACUUCUCGGGUGCUGUAUAUGUUGGGGGAUAUCACGGCGGGACCGGCGUAUCGGUUCGCCCAAUGGCUUGAGCUGGUCCGUAAGCGCAGCAGCAAGUACCGCUCUUCAGGUUUCCCUAGACGAGCCGAUAGCAUGCCAUUAAGUGCAGAGGAGUCGAGUCUUGAUCAGGUUGAUCCUCUACCAUCUGAGAAAACAACAGAAGUAAGUUUAUGGGAGAGACUUGGCAAAGCAGCGGUUUUGGACAUUGAAUCAAGCACCUUUUCAUGGAACAUGCUGUCCUCUCUUCACCACACGGAGCACAGUAGUAGUACCGAACAGUCUGAGGAUGACCCUAAUAAAGCAUUAGAGGUGACUGUAAAUUCUGGAGGUGUUGUGUUUUUUGCGCUAUUUAAUGAACCUGAAAAUGAUGAUGCUUCUCCAAAAGAAGCUGCAGCUGUUAUAAAGAUAUCCUCUUCAAGGAUGGCAACACAAUCAGAACGUCUGGGCUAUGAAUUUGCAAAGUGGCUAGGUGUCCAAACUCCACAAGCCAGGGUUAUUCAUAACUGUAGUCCAGAGUGGCUACAGAUCAAGGAAGCUGCAGAAAAAGCAAAAGAGACAGCAAUUUCAGAAGGUGACGAGAUUGUGGAAAUGACGUGUUCAGAACUUCUGGAAGCUCUUGAGCUAAGCCGGUGCCUUACGUUAAUGAACUACAUCCACGGGUCCCCUCUAUUGGAGAGCUCAAAUGCAUUUGAUUCACGAGAAGCAGGAGAAAGGACUGCAGCAGCUCUAGGUAGGGUUUUGAUGUUGGAUCUUGUCAUAAGAAAUGAAGAUCGACUUCCAUGUCGCCAUCUGAGAUGGCGCGGAAACCCUGCAAACUUAUUGUUGGCUGAUAAAGUGAAUUCUGCAAACUUGGAUGCACUAGCGGCAGCAUUUGAUUCUGCAAUUGAUCGAUAUAGGCCGAGAGUGAUUCGGGCACUUCAGAAAGAAAGAAGAGCUAAUUCUGUAGAUAGCAGAAUAAGCACUCCUAACCCCGGAUUAAUAUCACAGAGUUCUGACCUUUCUGACAUCACAGAAUCUCCAAAAUCUUGCAAUCUGAACGCAAGUCAAACUUCAAAUGAGUCAACGUGUCCAGAUUUUCACAUUGUAGCAAUAGACUCUGGGGUUCCGCGAAAACCGCCUGCUGGAAAGCGUGCAAAUGAUCAAGAAAAUUAUCCUAAGCUUGUUGAGCUCCUUAUUAACAGUCCUGAGUAUGCAUCGAAAUUAUUAUACGAGAUUACAGGAGGAAAAUUAGGAUCUCCUCCAGAGCCUUCUGAUGCAAUGAACAACAAUCAGGCAGCUGACUUUGCUUCAAUAGGGCAUGAAUUUCGGAUUGGAUUUCGAGCAGCUCUGCGUGACUUGCAGGGAUUUCAUAUAUUCCUUCUCACCCUUCAUCAGAAACUGGAUAGUGUCUUUCGAGUAUUUCUUGGUGUUAUCAACAGAGCUUCUGCUGGAGAUCUUGAGAAAGAAGACAUGGUAAUUCCUGAGUCGCCUUCACUAUCUGCUGGUUUUGUGGGGCAUUGCCCUUCAACACCAAGCAAAGAACGCGCACCAAGUGAUACAUAUUUGGAUUCAAAUGAAUCAGACUGUCAAAGAACAGCUCCUAGACCUUCAUCUUCUGGAUGCAGAGACAGUUUGGAUUCUAUGAUUUCUCCAAAUUCACGCGAUAGCCAAGGAAAGUGCUAUAAGGGCAGUGGUGAACCACUUAGUAGUAUCCGUUUCACAUCAAAACUCCGUGACUUUCACAAAUUUGCUAAGGUAGAUGCAGAACUAAACAAAGAAUUGGAGCAAUGGAAUGAGAUGCUUAAAAGUGAUGCAAUUAAAUUGUGCCAGGAAAACAAUUUCAAUACAGGUUUCUUUGAAGGAAGUGAUAGUAAUUAUGUGGUCGAUGCUUAUGAGCUGAAGGUCAGGCUUGAGCACAUUCUGGAGAGGAUAUCAUUGAUUUCUGAUGCUGCAAAUACAGAAAAACCAUCUGCAAUCUCAGGCAGCCUGUUUAUCGGUGGCGCACUUGCCGCUAGAUCUGUGUACACACUGCAACAUUUAGGAAUCACACAUAUUUUAUGUCUCUGUGCAAAUGAAACUGGGCAGUCAGAUUCCCAGUUUCCUGAUUUGUUCGAAUAUAAAAACUUUUCUAUAUGUGACGAUGAAGAUUCUAACAUCAGUGCUCUCUUUGAAGAAGCACAUGAUUUUAUCGACCAUGUUGAGGAAAACGGUGGGAAGGUUCUGGUUCAUUGCUUUGAAGGGAGAAGCAGGAGUGCUACAGUUGUUCUUGCUUAUUUAAUGCUCAGGAAGAAGUUUACUUUGUUGAAGGCAUGGAAUACACUGAGACGAGUUCAUCGCCGAGCCCAACCUAAUGAUGGCUUUGCAAAGAUUCUUUUGGACUUAGAUCGCAAGUUGCAUGGUAAGGUAUCUAUGGAAUGGCAACAGCGGAAGCCAAUCAUGAAGGUUUGCCCCAUCUGUGGAAAGAACGCUGGCUUGAGCAGCAGUUCACUGAAGCUUCAUUUGCAGAAAGCACACAAGAAACUAUCAUCCGGUAGUGUCGACAGUGCUAUGAACAUGGAAAUACAGAAGGCCUUAGAUGCACUCAAAAUUAGUCGAGGUGGAAGUGUCAGCCCUACGCAGAGACAAUCUUCCAUGAUUGAAGAAUUAUAAUCCUGACUUUAAUAGUGUGCUGCUGGCCUGACCAACCUCACACGGGAAUUGGUCAUUGUAGAUGUGGAGCAUGAAGCUCAAAGUCUUUCCCAUGAUUAUGUAAUUCCAAAAUCAGGCAAACAAAAUAAAACAUGUAAGUUUCGCGUGCUGGCUUAAUUUGUAGACAUGCACAAGCAGAGGCGUAAGAGUUUUAAGGAUCCUCCCUCUGUAGUUGUAUUCUCGCAGUAAUUUUAGGAAGUUAGAAAUCUGUAACCUUUCCAGCCAUAGAAAGGGUAAAAGAAAUGUUUAUUAGCUUGUCUAACUCAUGGUAGACAGAAUUUGAGGUACCUAUGCUGGUGGAAUAGUCGAGGUGCGUGUAAGUUGGUUUCAACACCGCCAAUAUAGAAAAACCAUGCGACUUUAUUAUGAGUGUCAUAUAGUGUUUUGGCUUGAGGUUGAUUUCUUAUUUUGACACAUUUGUUGUUGGUAACUAGUUUUGGUCUUGGACAAUGUAGAAGCAUGGAUUGUUUUUAGCAUUUGUAGUCGCCAAUUCUUACAUUUUAAACUUCUUGUUGGCUUCCCGUUACGUAAAGCAAAUGAAGAUCUUGUACUUCUUUUA